GUUUUAGGUCCUGGGUCCGGAUACAACGAUGUCCGGGUCCGGAUCCGGACCGCGGUCUGCCUAUUAGGGACCCCUGACCUAGACUGUUGGUUAAAAUGACAUGGUCUUUGUCAAAAGCGGCACUUAGGUUUAAAAUAAUUCAAAUAGAGGUCUCCCCCCUGUCUGCUGGUAAAAGGAGAUCAUUGGAUACCUUGAAGAGGGCGGUUUCUGUGCUAUGUAAAGCUCUAAAACCUGACUGAAACUUCUUAAAGACGUUAUUAAGACACUUAAAAGCUAGUUUCAAAAUUGGCUUUAAAUUGCUGAGAACAGAGGGAUCAAGAUUAGGUUUCUUUAAAAGAGGUCGGACCACAGCAUGUUUAAGAUUGGAUGGAAAAGUUUAUAUUGCUAAUGAGUUAUUAAAAAUCAAUAAAAUACUGGACCCAACUGUGUCAAUAACCUCUAAGAAAUUUAAAGGGUGCCUUGUGCGUUGGUAUCAGAAUCAGAAUGAACUGACCGCAGUCUUUCGAAAAUGUGUUUAUCGCGCAAGUUGACGUUGCGAUAAAUCACGAUAAGUAAAACAUCAGCAACAUAGGCAUAUAAAUGUAUCUGCAUCUGACUUAAAUUGAGUAUUUUUAAUUUGGCAAAAGAUUUGACGUUAUUUCCCCUUUUUUGAUAGCUGUCCUUAUUAUAUUCUUUUUCGAGCAAGUUGUUGCAUACAAAAUAAAUGAUAGCUGUUUCAAUAUGAUGCACUCUAAAGUACAUUUUCCGGGCUUUUUUAAUGAAUGGUUUUAACUUGAAAUGGAGUAUUUUUAUAAAGCGUUAUUGCUAUUUUCUGUAUACUAGGCCGUGAGCUAUGAAUCUGGUGAGUAAUGGAACGACAUGGGAAGGGACAAUUGUUCCCCCGGGUUGUCCAUAGGCUUGGUGCAGUUCUAUUGGCCAGUGAGAAGGCACCAAUUAAGGGUACAAAAAUCUGAUGACUUUUAAUUGAAAGACUGUAACAUGAUUGGCUGCUGCCUUACUCUGCACUUGAAUACUGCACUUGAUACUUGAGUAUUUAUGGCUAGCUUUAGGUAUAUGGAAGGAAAAAAACUGUCCCAACAUGGGUAUACUGUGUAUACCUGCAUAGAUCGUAUGCACCGUGACACUUCUGCUGAAGAAUAAGAAAAAUAGGACAAAAAUAUAGAAAUCUAAAUCGACAAAACUAGACUAAAUUACUUAAACUGAACUUUUCCUUUGUAAAAAGGUACAAACAUUAUGCCCAUAUUUGAUUUAUCAUAGCUCACUGUUUUUAAUUCUGUGAAAUGAAUUAUAUUUAAAUAGUUUAUUUUGUGCAUAUAGGCUAUAUGUGUGUGGAUUCGUAUUUAUUCAGAUUCAUUUUUUUCUAGCUGGUAACUCCCGACAUGGUUCUGAUCCCGGAGCGCUACCUGGAUGUGGAGGACAGCGCCCCUCUUAGCCCAGAGGAACAGAAGGAGAAGCAGAAAAAACUGGAGCGGAUCAAGACCCUCAUUGCCAAAUCAAAUUUGCAGAACAUGGUUCCUCUCCUGGACGGACCGGUGGAGAGUGGAGCUCCAGUCAGUUCCCAGCAGCAGUUGCAGGAGCAAGAGAAGCGAAUAGAGAUCUCCUGUGCUCUGGCUGCUGAGGCCUCUCGUCGCAGCCGCCUUCUCUCCGCCCAGUGCGCUCCCAGUCCUGCCACCUCCCCUACCACCCCGGCCCCUCCCCCUUCCUCUGCUGAAUUCCCCAACUCGGCCCACAUCAUGAAGGCGUGAAUCAUACAAGCUCAAGCUCUGGCUGCUGUCAGUUUUGAUGGAGCAGCUUUCUAAGGAAUCACUGACUUAACUGAACAAUGAAGAUGGCCAGGGACAAAAGAUUUAUUCUUUUCAGCACCUAAACUGAACUUCAACAAAAGCACUGAAAGCUGUCAAAGGAAGUUCCAAGGAGGCAGGAGCAAAAAGGAAACUAUAAAGACUUGUUAGCUCAUCCCCCAAAACUCCAGUAAUCACGACGGUCUCCUGCUGUGUGUGAUGCAUGGCACAAAGGAAGGCUCUCUUACAAGCUUCAAGAUGGGAAUAUUUCCAUAUAAUUUUGCUCAGGACAUCUUCUACAAAGCUGAACUAUGUUUAUGAUGAUGAGUUAUUUUAGACAUUGAGAGGCCACGCCGAAGAGGAACAAGAUCCUCUGUACAAAGCUGAGGACUCUCCUGAGCUCACUGUGAUGACUUUUUCACCACCACCUGCACCCCUUACACUACCCCCUUCCUAUAAACCUUGUCUGCUAUCAAUAUCACUCAUAUGAAACCGAUAGCAUUACAUACAAACAUAAUGUCACCUGGAUUACGCUUUGCAUCAAUGCAUCACCCAUCUUUCACACCAAACACACUGGAGCACAGAGUUUGUUGUGAGGCCGAGUCGAAGAUGAAAUGCAUUACACAAACCAUGAUCUAUUUUACAAAGCUGAGUAUGGCGACACCUCUUCCACACUUACAAUUCAGAGUAUGGCAUUCAUGAAACACAAUACUCAUUUUCUAACCUGGUAUCCUCACCCUCUCUGCUGUCAUGCUGGAGGUUUUUUUUACUUUUACUAUGUUGGAAUGGAUGUAGUCCAGUCGGCAUGCUUGACGGCACAUAUAGUGUGCAUGGUCUCACAUUUUGGACAGCAGUCUGCAGAUCGUGGCAGACAUGCACAGUUGAGGAAAUGUAUGUCAAAAGGACCUUACGCAGAAAGUAUAUUUCAGGCGUUACUCUUUUCUACAUUGGAAGAGGCAUUUCAAAGCCUUUGGCUGCUGUCAAUGCUGCAGUGCCAUUGGUCACUCAAAAGUACAUCGAUUUGAACUUUUACCACAAAACCUGGAGGAAAAUCAAGGCACAGCUAGGACUCGCCCGUCUGCUCUUCAUUGGAAAUAAUGAGCCUGCUCUGUGUGGUAAUGACAGAACUCUCUGUGGAGAUGAGAUCCUACACUUAGGUCAGUUGCAUUAUGGACAUUUGAUCUGCAUGGUGGAGUAUUUUAGUAACUAAGACAGACACAUUUUCUGUGGCUGGACUCGCUGUCUGUAUGGUUCUGUUCAGUCUGAAGCUGUGAGGCAGGAAGUGACAAGCUUCCCUCCAUUGUUGUGGUUCAAGCAUACCACCAGCAGUGGAAUUUUGAACUAAGGUAUACCAAGUGUAUAUCAACUUUUACAAUAGCUGAUUCAAAGAAACAGCAGGCAGUGAAAGAAUCCUCUGCCCGAUGUAACGAAGCAUCUAUAUGAGGCAACAACAUAGACUAAAGACGGGACAGAAAUUGCUCAAAGAUGAAGUGAAUAUGAGUCAAGAAACCUUGUCAAUUCAGUAUUCCUUCAUUGCUCAUGGCAACUACACUAUGGUUAAAGUAAGGUUAGGUUUCGACAAAUACUUUUUCUUUAGACAGCGAUGGCGGUCCUCAGGUAGUUAAACAAGGACAACGCUAGCUCAGACUACAAGUAGGAAACAGGAUGAGUCUUGUGUUGAAGGCACCCUGACCUCCACACCAUCACUGUACACUGCUCUAAAUGAACCUGACAUUUGUCAACUAAAAAACGUCUCUCGUCUACAGCAGAUGCAUAGGAGUGUAAUUCGUCCUGCAUCUUGAAGGGGCAUGUUCACCUCAUCAUUACCUCACAUACAGUGUGCAGCUCACCCAAUGAUUGUCUGCACAUAUAUAUAUAUAUAUAUAUAUAUAUAUAUAGGUAAAGGAUGUUGGAUAGAUAUCGUUCAGUGUAUGUGGAAAGUGACCUUAGCAGAGCUACUAUGCAGUUGUCUGUGUGAAGAGGAGUAAGCUAAUGAUGCAGUCAUUUGUAAGUCCUGUAACAUAUCCCAACAUUUCAUCUAGUCAUGCAGUGCCAUAAGUCUGAGAUGUCAGUUUUUUAUAUGUUGUGAAGAAUGGACCUAAUCACGAGAUGACUUCCAAAGGAGUUUAAAUCUGGAGGGAAAAGCAAUGAUUGAAGUUUAGAAAUGUCUACACAUAGUGGCUUAAGACUUAAAAAUGGCCAACCAUAAUUAAUGAAAUAAAUGUAUUAUUAUUAUUAAAGUAAAUAAUGCAUUGGUUUCAUUAAUUUUGAAUACACAAAAAUGCAUAAAAUAAACAAAUGCAAAAAACACAACUCAUUAUUUGUUAUGUAUUCAUUCUUAUUUUAAUGCUAACACUAUUCAUUGCAUUCAUUUCUUUUAUGUAUGGUACAUUUUAUUCAUGUUGUAUUUUUGGUCAUCAAAUUCUGCAUUGAUUAAUCAUAUUACACACACACACACACACACCUCCUUUUUGUGAUGUGUAUGCUAUCUACAUUUUUGCCCAUACACAGUGUUGGAGUGACCUGCCUUUGUAUUGUAUGUCCAUAGUCAGUCAGACAAUACGGCACAGAAUUUACGCUGAAAAGCAGUUAACGGAUUUUCGAGAAUACUUCUAUUUUUUCUUGUUUUAAAUAUCUUUUUAGAAAGAGUCUACAUUCAAGAGAGGCAGUUCAGAUUUUUUUAGAUACAUAAUGACAAGUUGACACGUUAAAAUUUUACACUCAAUUACAUUUUUUAUUUUUCACAAAAAAACCUGUUUUUAUUUGCUCUUGAGGAUUGUUUGAUGAUAUUUUUGAAAUAAUUGGAAACUGAUGUGUUCAGAAAUUACAGCCAAACAGUGGUGUCCAAUAUUUGAUAGUAGAUGUAACAUUUGUGGAAGAUAAAAAUAAAGAAUAUAUACAUUAUAUAAAUUGGUCAAUGUAUAUAAUAUUUUUAAACUCAGUUACAGUAUAUCCUGCUAUUACAUGUAACCAUGGGACGAAAUAAACAAACAGCUUGAACUAUGCAAAUAAUGAAAAAUGGACAUAUAGAAAUGCUUGCUUUCAGAAAACCUUGCAAUAAAGUGAAUGUAUACACAUAAUGUGUUUCUUUAGAUGCUUCUGAAUUCAUCACAGUAUUUUGUAUGAUAGAACAUGCCUGGAAUAAUGAUCUAUUCACUGCUCUAAUUAUAUGUUGAUGAUGACGUUCACUGCCAAAAAGACUACUGACAUAACUGUCUAACCCUGAUGAUAUUCUACAGUCUUUGAUAUAUCAAACUGUAUGUCUGAAUGAAUAAAGUGCAAAAAUAAA